AAACACUACCUCAGCCUGGUCCUGCACCUCCUGCAACUCGCCUUCGGGCUGACGGCGCUCGCCCUCUACGCGCACCACAUCCACACCAUCCACGACAGCGCUGCUACCGCCUCCGCCGCGCCCAAGGAUGUGUACGCCAUCGUCACAGCCCUGCUCGCCGGCAGCACCGCGAUCGCGUACCUCGUGCUGAUGCACUACAUCUUCAGGGGAAGGGUGCCCCUGGCGCGCCGGGCGGGGUGGCAGCUGCCCCUGUUUGUGUGGGACGCGGUGCUGUGUGUGCUGUGGUUGACGAUGUUUGGGAUCUUUGGGACGGAGUACCUCGGGAAAAAAUCGGCGACGGAGAGUGGGGAGACCAGGCGGAUGAGGCAUGCGGUUUGGGUGGAUUUGGUGAAUCUGGGGCUGUGGGUGGGCUCGGCGGGGUGGACGGGGGUGAGGUGGUGG